AUGGACACAGGAAAGACGUGGCUAUGCGAUUUUGGAGCAGCUGAAUUCAAGGAUCGAGUCAUUUCCAAACAAUUUCAUGGCACAAAAUCAUACUGCCCACCUGAGGUUUUUGAAAUACAACGAUUUCUGCCAUUAGAAGGAACUGUUUGGUCUUUGGGUAAAGGAAAAAUAAUUAGGAAUAUAUCAAUUCUAAAGGUAUUCUCCUUUAUACAAUGCUAAUCGGUCAUCCACCGUUCCAAA